GGUCAUUUUCUGAAACAGCAGAGUUUGUGGCGAGAGCAGAACAGUCGAGAUCUCAAACUGGCCACCUCAUCUUCCAGUAGCAUCACUUCCACUCACACAUGGAGCGCUGGAGAUUACUGAAAGAUCUUGUGAGUUAGGCUUCUGCUGGUAUUUCUGGGUGACAAUAACACAUGAAGGUGCAUUUAUUCAGCUUAAUGGAUUAAAAAAAAAGAACUGGGAAGCUGGAAUUGUGAAGGCUUAGAACUGUCAUUCAGCACUACAGGAUUACUUCUCACAGUACCGGACGACCUGACGCCAGAGGAGAAGCAGGAACUGGAGAACAUUAGGAGACGAAAACAGGAGCUGCUGGAGGACAUACAGCGGCUCAAGGAUGAGAUAGCAAAGGUGACGAAUGAGAUCGAAAGUCUUGGCUCCACUCAAGAAAGAAUAAACAUGCAGCGGAGUAAACAGGUGGCUAUGGGGCGCAAGAAAUUUAACAUGGAUCCCAAAAAGGGUAUUCAGUUCCUCAUAGAGAAUGAAUUGCUGAAGAACACUUGUGAAGAUAUUGCUCAAUUUCUCUACAAGGGUGAGGGCCUCAACAAGACAGCCAUCGGAGAUUAUCUGGGUGAAAGGGAUGAGUCCAAUAUUCAGGUUCUUCAUGCCUUUGUGGAGCUUCAUGAAUUUACAGACCUCAACCUGGUUCAGGCACUCAGACAGUUUUUAUGGAGUUUUCGGUUACCGGGUGAAGCUCAGAAGAUCGAUCGAAUGAUGGAGGCUUUUGCCCAGCGUUACUGUCAAUGCAAUCCCGGUGUCUUUCAGUCCACAGAUACAUGUUAUGUGCUUUCAUUCGCAAUCAUCAUGUUGAACACAAGUCUGCACAACCCUAAUGUGAAGGACAAGCCAUCUGCAGAGCGAUUCAUAGGCAUGAACAGAGGCAUCAAUGAUGGAGGAGAUCUGCCAGAAGACCUGCUCAGGAACCUUUUUGAGAGCAUUAAGAAUGAGCCCUUCAAGAUACCUGAAGACGACGGCAAUGACCUCACGCACACCUUCUUUAACCCCGACCGCGAGGGCUGGCUGCUCAAACUGGGAGGUGGACGGGUCAAGACGUGGAAGAGGAGAUGGUUCAUACUGACAGACAACUGUCUGUAUUAUUUUGAAUACACCACUGAUAAAGAGCCGAGAGGGAUCAUUCCUCUGGAAAAUCUAAGUAUUAGGGAAGUGGAUGACUCCAAGAAGCCUAACUGCUUUGAACUCUUCAUCCCAGACAACAAGGAUCAGGUCAUCAAAGCCUGUAAGACUGAAGCAGAUGGUCGGGUUGUGGAAGGAAACCACACGUUCUACCGCAUCUCAGCACCAACAACAGAGGAGAAAGAGGAGUGGAUCAAGAGCAUCAAGGCUGCCAUAAGCAGAGAUCCUUUCUACGAGAUGCUUGCUGCCAGGAAGAAGAAAGCCUCAUCUCUGAAGAGACAGUAGGGCUGCAUGGAGACCCGCAAAAAGAUGUUUGUACAUGGACCUGGAAAAGAGGCGAAUGAUAAACGGAAGCCAUAACGCUGGAUUGGAGCGAUAUUAAUCUCAGGAAUGACCUGGAGUUUUGAAGGUUAUCGUGCAGUUGGCUUUCUGAGAAGUUGUCUGACAUUUAUGUAUGUUUAAUUCUCAUGAACGGACAUUGAGUGCUCACGUACAUCAUCAUCAUCUCAAAUCAGCAGGUCUGACUGAAUGUGGAUCUCAUUGAGCUUUUGUAAGCUUGCUGCAGACAUGACCGUUCCUCUCUGUGCUUUGAUACAUAUUAAAUGCUAAUUGUGCACCUAUUUUUACACUGCUAUGUACUGUAAAUAUCUGGGAGAGUUUUGGCCUUGUUUUGUUUGAGACUAUCUAGCUUUGUUUUUCUAUUGGCUUCUGAUCUGCUGUCAUAUUUAUGUUUUUUUUGUGUUGUUGGCUAGACAUUUUUCACAUUUUGACAAAGUUUGUCUUUCCAUUUUAUACUGCCCUAAAAACAGAAGUUGAGUGCUUGGGUGCAUUCUGAUUCAUGAAAUGAUUUUUUUUUUUAUUUUUUUUUUUGAUGCGAUUUAUUUAGCUUAAACAGUGUUUUAUUUAAAAUAUCAGGACAUUAUUCACUGAUCUCAUAGGUGGCCUUGAAAGACUGUGAAAUCCAAAAACAUUUCAUUACGUUUGGUUCAUAUUUAUGGAAAAAAUGUCAAAUUAAACUACUGAUUUAAGCGUUUAUUCUUACUGUUUUGUAUUUUACCACUUUAAAUGUACUGGUUGAAUUAACACACCCAAAACACAUUUUUUUCUGCUUUUAUAUGCACUGUAAGUUGAGAGAAAACUCUUAAAUAGUAAUUUAUCAAUGCUGUACAUAUUUAAACGUAUAGGCUGUUUUAUUUUUUAUUGUCAAAAUAUACUUUGUGCAAAAGUAAUGGGGUGAAAAAAAGGUUUUGACCCGUUAAGUUCAUUUCACCACUGCUAUGUAAUCUUCUGCUUAAAAUAAAUCUGAAAUGAUUGAGCUUUA